GAUCAAGAAGACCUGCAAGGUCCCGGACUUCCCACCCAGGCGGGUCCCCAACUGGAUGCCCAAAGUGCUGGAGCAGCGCCGGCAGGGUCUGGAGCUUUACAUCCGGGGUGUCCUCUACCACAACGAGGAGCUUCCCCAGGAGGUGUUGGAUUUCCUGAAGGUGCGGCAUUUCCAGCAGGACCCCAAGGCCAGCAGCCCGGCCUCCUCCAGCCACUUCUCCACAGAGGUGAGCAGCUCUGGCUGCCUGCCUUCCCAGCGGCCAGUGAUGAGUUUCUGCAGAGACCCCUACGUGCGGCCACCGCCCACAGACCUGCUUCCUGACGUGGUCCUGAGCGGCGUGCUGCAAGGACUCUAUGUCCCGGAGAGCUGCUCCUCUCGCAAGGCAGUGCCACGGGGCCUUGGCCAGCCGGGCUCCUGAGCGUGCACGCAAACAGCACCCGCUGCCUCCCUGCUGCCGUUAAGGGUAGGCCUGCUCUGUGGGGGGAGGCCCUCCCAGCUCACUGGAUGGGUCUUCUGGGCCUCAGGGGAAGGGAUACAGUGGGGGGGCCCUGGCCCCACUUGUCAUGCUGGAAACUGUGUAAAGCACUUGUGUGUGCGGCAGCUGUAGUGGCCA